ACUGUGUUUUUGUUCAGACCUGUCAGAAAGACAAAGUUCAUCUCUGAGCUAAAAAGUCUUUCACUUUCACUUACGAGGAAAGGAAGAAGAAAAAAAAUGGCGACAAACAGAAAACUUAAAGCAGAUGACAAUCCAGCAGGUUCUCUGUCUAACGCUGAACUUUCGGGCAAAGCAGAAGAUGAAGCUCCAAUAACUCUGGUGUUAAAGUGGUCCAAACAACCUAGAAAACCUGGACAAUAUCUGGAGACAUCUCUACAAUCUUGGUUCAACACUGGAAAAAAAGGCUUAAACUGUUCAGUAAUCAAGAUCCUUAAAGGCAAAAAUGCUCUGAUAAAGAUUGAACCCUUUCCAGAUUCUGAGAUUCUUCAGAAUUUAUCCGGUGAAAGUCUGACUCUUAAAGACGCUACAACAGUUACUGUGGAGUCAGUCCUUCUGGGAUCACCAAAGCUGGACACUCAGACAGCAGAUGUAGCUUCCAUGUCUUCUACUCCCUCUACAUCUGAUCAAAAUACAGAGAAAGAUGAACCACCAAUAACUCUGAUUUUAAAGUGGUCCAAACAACCUGGAGCACAGCAGGAAUAUCUAGAGAAAUCUCUACAAUCUUGGUUCAUCAAAGAAAGAACAGGCUUAAGAUGCUCAGUAGUUAAGAUUCUUGAGGACAAGAAUGCUCUGAUAAAGAUUAAACCCUCUCCAGUCUUGAAAAUAUUACAGAAAUUAUGUGGCGAAAAUCUGACGCUUCAAAACGAUACAACAGUCACUGUAGAGUCAGUCGUUCUGGGAUCUUCAAAGCUGGACACUCAAGCAGAUGAAGAAUUCAUGACUCCUACUCCCUCCACACCUGAUGUUUCAGAACAGAAGAGAAGCCAGAAUCACUCAGAUUCUGCAGCAAGAAGCUCUUCUGAAAAGCAAAUAAGGCAGAAUCAGGAAGAGGCUGUUCCUGUCCCAGUGGGUUUCUUCUGGUAUCUGAGCCAAGUCUAUAAGGAGGAAAUCAAGCGCAUAGAAAAAGAGAAUGGAUGUGAAAUGGAAGUAAAUUUAAACGUGACAUUUAAAGCCAAACAAAAAGAUGGAAGUCAACAGAAUGCUCUCUCUGAAUUCACAAACCUGGUCCAAAAUCACCUUAAUGAAUCCAGAGAGUCAGUCAUUCCUGUCCAGAAUGUAAGACCAGAGCAGUGCAGUGAGGCGUUCAAACUCAUCCAGAAAAACGAGAAAAAAGUUCUGCUCACUUUGACUCCUAAAGAAAUAACUGUACGUGGACCAGACAGCCCACAGUUAAAGAGUGUUCUAGAAAGAAAUGCCCCUGAUGAAAAACCUGAUCUGCUCCAUGAUGACCCCCCCCUGAAGAUGACCAUCAAAGAUCCUCUGGCUGAUUCAGGGAUGAAGAUGGAGGAGAGGACCUGGAAGGCAUUAGAUGUGGAUGGUAAAAUAACACAGAUCAAAGAAAAGUUUGAUGUGGACUUUCAAGAGGUCAGGAGGGAUGGAGGUAAAGUUCAGGUGAAAGCCUCUUAUAAGGGUCCUGAAAGAAACCCCUUCAUGGAGAGUAAUGCUGUCAGAGCUCUCCUUCGUCUGUACCAGAAAAGUGUCACAUCACCUUGGAACUUCACGAAGCUUCAAGGAGCCUCUGGUUUCAUGGACUGGACAAACAUGCAUGAAGAUGAGUCAGGAAAGAGAUCUGUCCCUGAAGGAGGGGCCACAGGAGGAGACAGCGCACAGUUAAAGAGUGUUCUAGAAAGAAAUGGCCCUGAUGAAAAACCUUAUCUGCUGCAUGAUUACCCCCCCCAGAAGAUGACCAUCAAAGAUCCUCUGGCUGAUGAAGGUAUGAAGAUGGAGGAGAGGACCUGGAAGGCAUUAAAGAAUGAUGGUACAAUUACAAAGAUCAAAGAAAAGUUUGAAGCGGAGUUUGAUGUGAAAUUUCAAGAGGUCAGGAGGGAUGGAGUUAGAGUUCAGGUGAAAGCCUCUUAUAAGGGUCCCGAAGGAAACCCCUUCAUGGACAGUAAUGCUGUCAGUGCUCUUCUUAGUCUUUACGAGAAAAGUGUCACAUCACCUCUGAACUUCACGCAGCUUCAAGGAGCCCCUAGUUUCAUGGACUGGACAACGAUGCAUGAAGAUGAGUCAGAAAAGAGACCUGUCUCUGAAGGAGGGGCCACAGGAGGAGACAGCACAGAGGAAAACUGUCCGAUCUGUUUGUCUCCCUUCAGGGAUAAGAAAAGUCUGAACUGCAAACAUGAAUUUUGCAAGCGAUGCCUGCAGAAAGCGGAGGAGAACUAUGGACCCAUCUGUCCUGUCUGCAGAAAAGUCUUUGGCAUCAUACAGGGAGAUCAGCCAGAUGGAAGAAUGACGUGGACUAGGAGUUCUGGUCAAGUUCCUGGUUUCUCAAACUGUGGAAUCAUUACCAUCAUCUACUCUAUUCCAGAUGGGAGACAGACGGAGAAGCAUCCCAAACCUGGACACUGUUAUACUGGUACAACUAAAACGGCAUAUAUUCCAGGCAACAAAGAGGGUAACGAAGUGCUGAAACUUUUGAAGAAGGCGUUUGAUCAGAAGCUGAUCUUCACCAUCAUGGCUUCAAAUAUUACUGGCUUUAAAACCCGGGUGACCUGGAAUGACAUUCAUCAUAAAACAAGCUUGUAUGGAGGACCAGACAGUUAUGGAUAUCCUGACCCAACCUACUUGAGCAGAGUGAAGGAGGAGCUUAAGGCCAAAGGUAUCGAGUAAAUGUGAUGCCAGGAGAAGAUGUCAUCACUAAAUCAGAGCAAAAUACAAUAAAGAUUUGAAAUGAACAAAAUGAAUUACAUUUUAAAAACAAACUUUUUUUGUGUGAUUUAAGGAUUUCUCUAAAAUAACUUUUGUUUACUUUACGGCGCAAAUGGUGAAUACAUUAGCAGGGACAACCUUAAUGGAAUAAACAUCCGUGAUUGGUUUAUCUUUCCUUUAAUGUGAUUGCAGAAGUGUAUCAAGAAACAACAACAUCAU